AAGUUACGAAAAUUUCACAAUAGCUGCGAGAGCAAUUUUCGUGCCUUAGAAACACUGGGAGUCCAGACAGAUUCAUAUGGAAGUCUGCUAAUCCAAAUACUACUAAAGAAAUUACCAGAACAAUUACAUUAUACAAUAUUAAGAACAAAUCCUCUCACAGAUUGUUCCCUAAAUGAUUUACCAACAGCACUUUGUCAUGAAAUAGACACAAGGGAAAAAAGUCAACUUACGCAAGAAAACGACAGAAGCUCAGAUGUUAAGACGUUCUCGUACCCACAGUUGGCGCCUUACUCACAAACACUCAACCGCGCCUAA